AUGGCGGCGCUGGUGGCGACGGAGGCCGCGGCGCUCCCGGGCCCGGCUGAGGCGGCCGAGCCGGCCGAGGCGGCGGAGCUGAGCCGCGCCCUGAGCCGCCUGCUGCCCGGGCUGGAGGCCGACAGCAAGCUGGGCCGGCGGCGCGCGCUCGAGGCGCUGCAGCGCGCCCUGGAGGCGGCCGAGCCGGCCGAGGCGCCCGCCGCCGCCGCCGCCGCCUUCCAGGGCCCCUGGGCGCGCCUGCUGCUGCCGCGCCUGCUGCGCUGCCUGGCCGACCCGGCCGAGGGCUGCCGCGCGCUGGCCGUGCACCUGCUGGGCCUGGGCCUGCGCCGCGCCGCGCGGCCCCGCGACGCCCUGCCGCGCCUGCUGCCCGCGCUCGCCGCGCGCCUGGCCGGCCCCGACCCCGCGCGCCGCGCGCCGCCCGAGGCCUGCGAGGAGCUGCGCCUGGCGCUCGUGCAGCUGCUGCGCGCGGCCGUGGAGCUGGGCGGCGCCGCGCUCGCGCCCCACCUGGACGACGCGGUGCGCGCUCUGCGCUGCGCGCUGCUCGACCCCUUCGCCGCCGUGCGCCGCGAGAGCUGCGAGUGCGCAGCGGGGCUGGCGCGCGCCACGCCGGACCACUUCCACAUGCAGUCCGAGUCCCUGGUCGGGCCGCUGAUGCAGAGCAUCUCGCACCAGCACUGGAAGGUCCGUGUGGCUGUCGUCGAGGCCACGGGCACGGUGAUCCAGUUCGGCAGCGGGAAGUCGGUGGACGACGUGCUCCCUCACUUUGCCCAGCGGCUCUUCGACGACGUCCCACAGGUCCGGCAGGCGGUGACCCGUGUGGUGGGCAGCUGGCUGCUGGCACUGCGGGACCGGUACUCCUUCUUCCACAAGCUCAUCCCCCUGCUGCUCAGCAGCCUCGACGACGAGAUGCCGCACAUCGUGCAGGAGGCCGCCAGCCUCUGGGCGGAGGCCGGCCUGCAGUGGCAGAAGGAGAACGAGGAGGACCUAAAGGACAAGCUCGACUUCGCCUCCCCACCGCCUGCCCAUCAUCCCUCGCCAGAGACGCGCCCAGGGCUGGGCUGCCGGGAGCUCGUCUUCAGGAACCUCUCCAAGAUCCUUCCCGCCAUCUGCCACGACGUCACCGACUGGGUGGCGGGCACCCGGGUGAAGGCCGCGCAGCUGCUGGCGGUGCUGCUGCUGCACGCCGAGGACCACGCCACGCAGCACCUGGAGGUCCUGCUGCGGACCCUGCUGCUGGCCUGCGCCGACGAGGAGGCCGCCGUGGUCAGCAGCUGCACCAGGUCCGCGGAGCUCAUCGGGACCUUCGUCAGCCCGGAGGUGUUCCUGAAGCUGCUCUGGCCGAUGCUGAGGAAGUCGCCCUCCGCCUCCGGCCUCCUGGUCCUCGCCGCACUCAUCCGGGGCUGCCCGCGGGAAGCCCUGCGGCCACACCUGACGGCCAUCGCCUCGGAGCUGGCCGGGGAGCGCAUCCGCCAAGGCUCGGAGAACCUGCGCUACGGGGAGCACCUGCUGCGGUGCGUGCAGGCGGCGCUGUCCACGUGCGGGGAGGACUGCCGGGGCUGCGGCCUGCAGCUCAUGCAGGUGCUGGUGACCGUGAUGGCACUCCCGGGGGCCUCCGGCCUCGGCGACCAGAUUCAGGAGACCGAGGCCGCCCUGGCCGCCGUGGAGAGCAGUGGCGACAGCCAGGACCUCUACCGCCAGCACGUGGGCCCCCUCCUGGAGCAGCUGGGCAGCUCCCAGCAGGGCUGGACGGCACGCUCCCCGGAGCUCCUGCAGUUCAGCACGCUGGUGGCCCGCGCAGGCCCUGCCCUCGGAGAAGCACUGCCCCACCUGGUGCCCAUCCUCCGGAGCUGCCUGCAGCCGGACAGAGACCCCCAGAUGCGCCUGAGGCUCCUCUCCGUGCUGUCCCGGGCACUGCUCAGCGCAAAGGAGACCGUGGACUCCCAAGGGCAGCUGCACUGCCACCUCGACGCCAUGGUCGCAGACAUCCUGGUCCCCAGCCUGCAGUGGCGCGCGGGGAGGACGGCCGCAGCCAUCCGCACAGCCGCCGUGUCCUGCCUCUGGGCCCUCCUCAGCAGCGAGGCCCUGACGGCCUCCCAGGUGGAGGGCGUGCGGGAGACGCUGCUGCCCCCGGUCCUGACCGCCCUGGAGGAAGACUCCCAGAUGACCCGGCUGACCUCCUGCCGCAUCGUUCGCGCGUUUUUAAAAUCCUCUGGCGGUGCGACUGAGCCCAACAAGUUCACCAAGAUUUAUCCUGAACUCCUGAAACGGCUGGAUGAUGUUUCCACUGAAGUGAGGCUGGCGGCCGCCUCCGCCCUGGCCGUCUGGCUGGAGUGCAUCAGGAAUGACGGCGCCGAGGCCUGUUACCAGCGUGACGUGCAGCACCUGUACAAGGAGCUCCUCGUGUACCUGGACGACCCCGACAGCGCCGUGCAGGACGCCGUCCUGGAGGUGCUCCAGGCGGGCAGCAUCCUGUUCCCCGACCUCCUGGUGCGAGAGACCGAGGCCGUCCUGCACAAGCACCGCUCCCCCACCCGCUGCGAGCGGCUGCUGCAGCACCUGCAAGCCCAGCCGCCCGCCCCGUGA